CUCGGCGUUGGGAACCGGCUCCGUCAUUCGCUCUGGGGGUACAGCUGCCUAGCGACCAGGGGGAGGGGCUGGCCUCAUUCACUCACAAAUAACGGAGGGGGAGAACUGGCGACAGGAAGGACUAUCAACCAUGUGAACAUUAAGAGUGGUGGAUAGUAAUUCCACUUAUGUGCAGUAUCUCCCACGUUCUAUUAUACUUGGAAGACCUCUUGUUACCUUGCUUCCUGACUGCUGUUGCAGGCCACUAUUGAUAUUGACAGAAAGGAAAUGAAAUACGCACGCAGCUAUCACACUUAAAAUAUAGAUCGCUAGAAAAUGAAGAAGCCAAUUACCAAGUUUUUCUUGAGUGAAAGAAUAAAGAACUUUAUUAUCUGCUAACACAAGAAAAGAUAAAAUGCGACAUCAAACAUACGCAGAAACACAGAUACUGCCAUGGCUGCAAGAAUUUCCCUACAUCCUGAACUGCCUUACUCAUCAUUAGAACACAGGAGGUAUAUUGUAACUUCAGACAAAGGCAGUAUGAGACGUCCAACAGCCAAGUAUACUAAAGUUGGAGAACGCCUGCGGCAUGUCAUCCCAGGCCAUAUGCAAUGCUCAAUGGCAUGUGGUGGUCGUGCAUGCAAGUACGAAAAUCCAUCCCGAUGGACUGAAGAGGAACAAGCUCUUAAAGGAUUAUAUUCUUCAUGGAUAACUGACAAUAUUUUGGCAAUGGCUCGUCCUUCCACGGAAAUUAUUGAAAAAUACAACAUUAUUGAACAAUUUCAAAGGCAUGGUAUAAAGACGGUAAUUAAUCUUCAGCGUCCUGGGGAGCAUGCACGCUGCGGUAAUCCACUGGAACCAGCAAGUGGUUUUACUUACCUACCAGAGGUAUUCAUGGAAGCUGGAAAUUACUUUUAUAAUUUUGGAUGGAAAGACUAUGGCGUGGCUUCUCUUACCACAAUUCUUGACAUGGUCAAAGUUAUGGCUUUUGCCCUACAAGAAGGAAAAGUGGCUAUUCACUGUCAUGCUGGACUUGGAAGGACAGGUGUACUAACAGCUUGUUACCUAGUCUUUGCAACAAGAAUGAGUGCAGACCAAGCAAUACUGUUUGUUCGUGCUAAGAGGCCAAAUGCAAUUCAGACUCGUGGGCAGUUGUUGUGUGUGCGGGAAUUUUCCCAGUUCCUGAUUCCAUUACGAAAUGUAUUUUCCUGCUGUGAUCCAAGAGCCCAUGCUGUUACAGUCUCUCAGUAUCUCAUUCGCCAGCGCCACCUGCUGCACGGAUAUGAAGCACGACAACUCAGACAUGUCCCAAAAAUAAUUCAUCUGACCUGCAAAUUGUUAUUAGACUUUGCAGAAAACAGGCAAUUGAUUGAAGAAGGUAAUAUAGAAAUCCCAGAUCUUACAGCUGAAAUUGAAAAAACAGUGUCACAAUUAGGGGUAGUGCAACUGGAUAAAGAAUUUGAUGGCCAAGGCUUUGAUAUGGGAGAUCAUUUUGAGCACACUGUGACUGAAUUUAUUCCCAACGAUUCAGCAUUGAUGAGUGAACAAGAAUUUGACCCUCUUUGGAAAAGGCGUAAUGCAGACUUCCUUCAGCCAUUGUCUCAUUUGAAAAAACGUCUCAGCUACAGUGAAUCAGAUCUUCAUAGAGCUGAACUCUUUACAGAGCAAAGUGAAACACCUUUUACAGUACCCACACAGGUUGCUUUCUCCAGCAAGUUCCAUCAGCAAAGUUUGUCUCAGCUCAAUCUCAGACAGCCCAGUCCAAUGCCAGUGGACACAAAUCAGAUCAGCCCAACAGUUCUGAAAGUACCAGAGCUUUGUCUUAUUAAGCAAAGUCCAUCAUUUACUUUUAAAUCUAAUCAAUGGGAAUGUCAAAAAUCUUGUAAUGCAAAUGACCCAAAAGUGGAAUCUCCUCUUUUUGUAAGGAGAAAACUAUCAAAAGAAAUUCAUAGAACAUUUUCCUUAAGAUCAUCAACUACAGCUGCUGCGCUGAAAUAUUUGAUUUCUGAAGCACCUGAUACACUUAUCACUUCUCAUGGCACUAGUGAUAUUAAUGCAGAAGAAUGUACGAGGACCAGUGCUGCUAGUAAACAGAAUGCCAGGCCUGCUAAGGAAAGUUUAUUCUCUUCUUCAGUUUGCAAACAAUCUACAGAUAAAGCUUCUUUAAAUCACAAAAAAAUGUUUGUGUUUGGGGAUGAGGAAAGAACAGCUAACUGGUCAGCUGAAGAUGUUCCAUGUAUCACUAUACAGUCAGAAUUGAGCAUUGAAGGAAGAAGGUUGGCAGCAGGAAAAGCCAUGGCAUUUUGCAUGGAUUUUGAUGAAGAACUCAUGGAUAAAGUUGAAAUGUGGCAGCGGGAACUUAAUAUUAGAGAAGGAACUUGGGAGAGAAUUCGUACAGAAAAGAAUCCUUAUGUGCUGUGUAGUCUUAUGUGGUCCUGGCUGGAACAGUUGAAAGAACCAGUUAUAAGUAGGGAAGAUGUGGAAACUUUGGCACAUAAAUAUAUGAAUCCCAAUAAAGCAUUUUAUUCAUUAGAAAAGGGCCAAUAUCAGACACUGCUUUGCAUUCUUGAUUGUAUGGCACAAUUGCGUAAUCUACCAUUUGAUGUAGAAGAUGCUAUACUUACUCGGGCAAUUCGAGCUUUUACUAAGGUCAGUUUUGAUGCUGAUGAGGGUCCUAAGGUUUACAAUACUCUCAAAACCAUAUUAAAGCCAAUCUUAGAAGACAAGCAAGCAAAACUUGCAAAUUGUGAAGUUUCGAAUAACUGUGCACAAAGUAUAGGUUUGUAGAUUCACUGAGCAAGAAUGUAAAACAUUCAGUUUUUCUGUUACUGUUACCAUCCCCAAAACAUAGGGAGUAUUUGAAAAACUAUAUUAUAGAGCAGGGCACUUUAAUUAGGCAGUAAAAUUUAAAAUUCAGUUUCACACACUUAAUUGUUGACAAUGCAUGCUUUACAAAAACAAGCUUUGUUUUAAAAGAACAAGAUGUGUCAUUGAGAAAUAAAAUCCUGCUCUAUAACUUGCUCAUUAAAUAUAUGAACUGGCCACCAGUAUUUAAUGAGGUCUAUUUGUUUAAAAUCUGUCAUGAUUUUAAGUGCCAUAUAUCAAAGUGGCAAUAUGUUGUUAUUUUGAAGAUGUUUAGUGUUUACAGUCAUAUAGUAUAUUUUGUACUGUACAUGCUUUUUACUUGUAAAAUAUUUUAUUGCUUUCAAUGUCGAGUGUUACAUGUUUAAUGCAAUAAUCCAAUGUUACAUAGAAAAAUGAAAGUGUAUUUGAAAAAUGUAUGAAGAGAAAAUUCAUGACAGUUUAGAUUGUUUUUAUGAAUUUUUAAUAAGUGCAUUACCCAGCAACUGUGAUUUAUUCUAAGGAUAACAUUCUUAGUGUAUUUAAAACUGCAACAAAAGUACUUGUAAUUGAGAUAUUAAUAAAUGUGUUAAAAAUGUCGUGUAAUCAGAAUGCUAUGUACACAAACUUAUUUAUUUACUUACAAUGCAUUCUUCUCAAAGCAUCAUAAGCUUUGAAAUGGUUUAUUGUUUGAACAGAGCUCCUGAUGGUCUUUUCGGAAAGUAAGCACAAUGGAAAGUUGAGGUGUAUGUUAAUUUCACCUGAUCUGAAAUGCUGGUACCUGUAUGUAGAAUUGUUUUAUUUGUCAUUGUAAUACAAUUUAGUGUUUUAUGUAAAAAGAAUGUUAAUAAGAAUAUAAACAAUGUAAAAUAUUGCAUAAUCUUUUAUUUAAUGUACAUCAUUUUGCUUUAAUUUGUCUUGUGAAAGCACUGCGUAUUCUCAAUAGGUUAUUUUAUAAAUAUAUAUCACCUGUUUUUACCACCAACAUGUAAGUUUGUUGCAGAGUAGACAAUAGUGAUAAUAAAGUUACAUAAUACAGUUUAUGAAAAACUAAGAAUAAAAAAAAAAUUCAUUCGACCUGUGCAGAAUUGUGGAAUACAUUUACAAUUUUGGUGGGACUUAAAUUUGUGCAUUUAUUAUUUUCAGUUCUCUGCUCAGCUCCAGUUGUAAAGUCCAGCUUCUGAGCUUUGUGAUCUACUUAUCCUAUGUAUCCCAUUCUAAUGGUGAGGUGUUCUUCCUUUACCUUGUGAAUAUAUUUCAGAGCAUUUACACUGUUUUCAAAACCCUUCAUUUUCUUAUUAUAGCCUGUGUGAUGUUUCCUAGCUAAACUACUCCACACGUAACAUCUUCUCUAAUGAUACAACUGAUUUGAAAAACUAAAAUGGUCUGUAGUAUGGAAUGGGAGUAGAAUUGGAGAAACUGAUGCGAUUGAAGAUUGAUAAAUCCCUACAGCUUGACUACUUAGGAAGUGGCUCAAGAAAUAGUGGAUGCAUUGGUCAUCUUCCAGGAUCCUUUCUAUUCUGGAAUAGUUCCUAUAAAUUGGAGAGUAGCUAAUGUAUCCCCACGAUUUAAAAAGGAGAUAGAGAGAAAACAUGCAAUUAUAGACCAAUGAGUUUUAUGUCAUUAGUAGGGAAGAUGCCGGUGUCCGUCAUUAAGGAUUUAAUAGCAGAGCACUUCAAAAACAGUGGUAGAAUCAAAUACAGUCCACAUAGAUUUACAAAAGGGAAACCGUGCUUGACAAAUCUACAGGAAUUAUUUGAGGAUGGAACUAGUAAAGUUGAUUGGGGGAGCCUGUUUAUGUGGUUUAUUUGGACUCUCAGAAGGCUUUAAACAGUUCCACAUAAGAGAUUAAUAUGUGAAAAAACACAUGAGAUUGGUAUAUUGAGUUGGAUAGGAGAUUGGUUAGCAGACAGGAAACAAACAGUAGGGAUAAAUGGGUCUUUUUCUCAAUGGCGGGCAGUGAUUAGUGAGAUACCACACAGCUACAAUCACAGCUAUUCUCAAUAUAUGUUAAUGAUUAAGAUGAGGGAAUUAAACAUUCCAAUUUGCAGAUGGCACAAAACUGGGUGGAAGGAUAUGCUGUGAGGAAAUACAGAGCUAACAUCCUUUUUCACUAUUGCAUUAAUCUCUUUAACCAGCAAUGCAACUCCACUGCCUUUUCCUUUUUGUCAAUCUGUCUUGUAUGCGGAAUACCCCUGGAUGUUCAGUUUGAAUGCCAGAUUACCCUGAAGCCAUGUCUCUCUUAUCCUGACUAUAUCAUCCUGUUUUCAUCUAUUUGGUUAAUUAAUUCAUCAUUUUAUUGUGAAUGCUCAGUGCAUUAAGGUACACAGCUUUGAGUCUUGUAUUUUUUAGCAUUUUUGUCCUGUUACCAAUAUUUUUCUAUGUGUCUCUAUUUGAUCCUGACCCUUGAUUUCUGUGUGUGUGUAUUUUUUAAUAUCCUUUCUGACUUUUGUUCUGGUCCUUGAACCCCUUCCUUUGCCUCUUCCAAUCACCCCACCAUUUUAGUUUAAAGCCUCCCCAACCUGAUAGAAAUAUACCCCCUGGGACAUCAGUAACCUAUUCAAUUUAUACUGUUCCCCUGCCCCAGAACCAGUCCCAGUGACUCAGGAAUCUGAAACCCUAUCCUCACUGCUUCUCUUCAGCCAUGUAUUCAUCUAAUAGAUCCUCUAUUUUUGCUCUGACUAGCACAUGGUACUGAUACUGAGAUCACUACCUUUUGAGGUCUUACUUGUCACCUUACUUUCUAACUUCCCAUAUUCUGGUUUUAGAACGUUAUUGUUUUUUUGUAACCAAUUUGCCCCACAGGCACAGGCUGUUCAUCCUACCCCUCCAGAAUGUCUUGCAGCUGCACUGAGACAACCUUGAUCCUAGCACCAGGGAAGUAACAAAUCAUACUGGAGUCUCAUUUCUGGCCAUAGAAAUGGCUAUCAAUCCCCUAAAUAUUCAAUCCCUAUAAUCAUUGCAUUCCUAUAUUUUUUAUUCCUCCCCUGUAAAGCAGAAUGAAUUGUUGUGCAACAAAUUUGGCUGUUGCUUCUUUAACCAAAGAGGCCAUUCUCCUCAACAGUAUCCAAAUCUGUAUAUCUAUUUUUCAGGGAAAGAGCCACAAGAAACUCCUGCUCUGCCUGUUUGGUCUCUUGCUUGCCGAGUGGUCAGCAAUUCCUUUCUUGCAUGUGGAGUCUCUGCCUGCUGUGUGACUACCUCUCUAUGUGCUAUCCAGGAGACUCUUCAGCCCUCAGCUGCAUAAUGACCCCAGCUGCUGCUCCAGCUUCAAAACUCUGGCUUUUGGGAGCUGCAGCUGGAGACAUCUCCGGUACACGAUGGUCCUGGGCACUGGAAAUCUUCCUGGCUUCCAACAUAGAGCAGAAGAGCACACUGUGGCUUUGAGCUCUCCUGCUAUGUCUCCCCCCCCCCCCCCCUUUAAAC